CCCUAAUUGUCACUCCCUGGUCACACUGGCGGCAACAGCGUAGAAAAAAAUUUCCAAAAAUUAAAUUAAUAGCAGCGACUACAGCUUUUGUCAUGGACGUCGAAAGCCCCGAGCACAACAGAGAAUUUGCUGAUGUGGAUAUUAACAAUGGGGAUGGGGCGGCAUCGGCAUCUGACGAGGAAGAGGAGGUGCCAGCUCCCGGCAGUGUGACUCUUGAUGAAAAUAAUGAUUUAUUCGUAUCGGCCAUAAGUCCGGGUGACGUUACACACCAACUGCAGGAAGUUCUAAAUGACGAUGGUGAUUACUUUAUUAAAAUUACAAUAUCCGAUCCUCAAAAAAUUGGCGAUGGCAUGGGCUCAUAUUUGGCCUACAAGGUGACAACAAAGACGAACAUUCCCAAAUUUAAGCGCAAUGAGUUUAGUACAUUGCGUCGAUUUAGCGAUUUCUUGGGCAUUCAUGAUCUGCUGGUGGGCAAGUAUAUGCGGCUGGGCCGAAUUAUUCCUCCAGCUCCGUCAAAGAACAUUAUUGGCAGCACAAAGGUCAAGAUUAGUCCACAGCAAACAGAACCAGGAACGCCAAUCAAUCAGGAAUGGAUUGAGAUUCGUCGUGCCGCCUUAGAACGUUUCGUUCAUCGUACUGCCCAGCAUCCAAUUUUGCGUGUGGAUCUCGAUUUCAUGAAUUUUUUGGAAAGCGACCAAGAGCUGCCCCGUGCCGUGAAUACCUCGGCGUUAAGUGGGGCUGGUGUCAUUCGCUUGUUCAACAAGGUGGGCGAGACUGUUAACAAGAUUACGUACAAAAUGGAUGAAAAUGAUCCUUGGUUCGACGAUAAAAUUACCGAAGUGGAAAAUUUGGAUGCUAAUUUGCAGAAGCUUCAUAAUGCAAUGAAAUCGUUGGUCACUUCGCGACGCGAAUUGUCAGUGUUAACGGGUCUAGUGGCAAAAUCCGCUGCCAUGUUGAGCACUUGCGAGGAACAUACUGGACUCUCUAGGGCCUUGUCCAAUUUGGCGGAUGUAGAGGAAAAAAUCGAAUUGUUGCGUUCAGAACAGGCUAAUUCAGAUUUUUAUAUUCUGGCCGAGUUCAUUAAGGACUAUUUGGGCCUAUUUGGCGCCAUUAAAUGUAUAUUUCAUGAGCGUGUCAAGGCUUUUCAAAAUUGGCAAUAUGCCCAAAUGCAGUUAUCCAAGCGACGAGAAAAUCGUGGACGAUUUGAAUUAGCCAAUCGGGUCGAUAAACUGGAUCAAGCACAGCAGGAAGUUGAAGAGUGGCAAGGCAAAGUACAACGUUGCCAGCAACAGUUUGAUGACAUAUCGUCGGAAAUAAAGCGCGAAAUGGAACGUUUUGAACUAACUAGAGUGAAAGACUUUAAAGCAAAUAUCAUUAAAUAUAUCGAAGAUCAAAUGGCACAUCAGCAACAGAUUGUCAGCUACUGGGAAGCUUUUGCCCCAUUUGCCCGUGAAAUUGUUUAACUUGCAUUUUUCAUUUUUUGGUUUAGUAAAAUCUCUAACGGCAUUUCCAAUAGAAAAUGGAUUUAACGGCUAGAAGCUCUCUAAUUCAGCGGGACCAAAAUUUCUUCUGGAUAUUUAAGCUAUUCCGCUGUUUGUCAAAUUUUAAAAAUCGCGGUAACAUGGAAAACUCACAAAAGAAAACAACAAAAUAACAAUAACGCUUUAAAAAUUCCUCUCAAUCAUACAAAAAAAAGUUAAACUUUUAAAAACGUUGCAUUCUUUGAUUUUUAUUCGUAUUAUUAUAAUUAUUAUUAUUACUAUUAUUAUUAUUAUUGAAAAUAUCGCUUUUAUUUUUGUAAAUGUGUAUACAAAAAGGAAAAAAUCACUGUUUACUAUAGGCUUAUAUACACCUAUUCUCAUUUUUCAUAUAUAAAUAUAUAUAUAUAUAUUCGGUAUUACCUUAAAACAAUAAAAGAAGAAGAAAGUGAAAAAA